GCUGAUUGCGCUCCUCUCUUUUUUCAGCUGGAGUUGUUUUUUUGCACCGAGCUCGUUUUUUUUCCCCUCUGUAGAUGUUUUUGUUUUGUUUUGCCCAUUUUUAAUCUUUCAGCCAUGCUUGUAUGACCGAUCCGUCCGGUUUUAUGCCCAACUUUGUCAUGACGCUUGUCAUUAUCCUAUGACAGAAAAAAAGUUUGUUAAGAUUUUUUUGGACCAAUUUGGAUGUUAAAGUCACCGGAUCGACUUGUUGUCGUUGUUGUUGUUUAAUUUGUCAUCAUGUUGUCACUUGAGAAUCAUCUCGGUGCUUUCACGUCUGAAGAUGAGGGUGAGGAUGAUGAUGAUGAAGUGUUGGACCUGGCGCUCACGGCCGUGCACACGCUUCUGUACUGUCUGCUGUUCUUCUUCAUUUACUCCCAGCUCUGGCUCAUCCUGCACUACGGACACAAGCGUCUCAGCUACAGGAGUGUGUUCCUCUUCCUGUGUCUGCUCUGGUCGGCCCUCAGGACCACUCUCUUCUCCUUCUACUUCAACAACAUGGCCCAAGCGAGCCAACUGCAGCCGCUGCCCUUCUGGCUCUUCUACUGCUUCCCUGUGUGCCUGCAGUUCUGCACUCUCUGCCUCCUCAACCUCUACUUCGCACAGAUCAUGUGUAAAGCCAAAGCGAAAUAUUCCCCAGAACUCAGCAAAUAUAAGACGCCCCUGAAGUUGGCCUUCUUGUUCAUCAGCGUCUUCUUCUUGGUGGUGAACGUUACAUGCUCUCUAACGGUGAUGACCCAGAAGAACAUGGAGACUAGCAAUGCAAAACACAUUGUUCUGGCUCGUGUGCUAAUCAACGACAGCCUCUUCGUGCUGUGUGCCAUCUCACUCGCCACCUGCAUCUGUAAACUAGCCAAGAUGUCCUCUGCGAACGUUUAUCUAGAGUCGAAGGGGACAUCAGUGUGUCAGGCCACAGCCACUGGAGCAGCAGUUAUUCUGCUCUACACAUCGAGAGCGUGUUAUAAUCUCGCCGUAGUGGCCCUAUCUCCCAAAGACCGGGCCACUCCGUUCAGCUACGGCUGGUACAGCUUCUCCGACCAGACUGAUGUAGAGAAGAUCAGUGGGAAGGCCUACAUGGUGUUUGGGAUUGUCUUGUUUUUCUGGGAGUUUGUCCCCACCACCCUCCUCGUGGUGUUUUUCCGAGUUCAGCGGCCUAAUCAGAACCUGGCACCAGGUGGCAUGAUCCACAGUCACAGUUUCAACUCCAGGGCAUAUUUCUUUGACAAUCCAAGGCGCUAUGAUAGUGAUGAUGACCUGUCCAAAAGCAUCAGCUCCAGGGGUGAAAGGGGAAGCAGUACCAUGUCUUCGACGUCUCAGCUAGGCGCAAGUUGGUACGGUUCCAUCCAGAAGACAGGCAGCAUCACCUUCACUGCACCCCAUACCUCCACCGCUCCACUUCUUCUCACCUACGGAAGCAUCCAGACCAGCCAGCACCACAACUACUACUCCACGCCGCAGGACUACUGCUCCACUCCUCAGUCUCUCUACAUCACGCCGCAGAACUGAGUGACCAACCUGGAAUUUAAAUUUCAGGCAGCGCGAGGCACAGACAAGGCCGCUAAAUGGAUAGAGAGACUGUUGCAGGUGAUACGUAUGGUAAACCUCCUUGUAUUAACCGAUAUUCUGCUUCAAAAAGGGACCAGAAAGGAAUGAGGUGGUAAGAAGGUCAAUUGGUGCUGCUUCUGAUUAAAAUACCUUACGAUAUUGCUUCUUCCCCAAGAAUCCAUGUUAAUCUGUGGACCAAUCAUGAUGUGUCUAAAGAGACUCUCUGAUCUGCACAAUUCCCCCAAAUUCCAUUGUUAUUUCCUAAAAUUCCUCUUGCACACUGGUGAUGGUUGACAUACAGUUGAUAUAACAAUACACCUUAAAACCUUUAAGAUCCUGCUCACGGUACUGAGAACUUCAGAGAAGUGUGAAAGUGAUCUCCAACUAUGGCCAAUGAGCAAAGACAUUAAAGGUGCUCGCUUAGUGCCAAAACGUGCCAGACGUGAGGAAGAUGAGUUGAAUGUUCUUAGAAAGGUCUAUUUUUAUGAUGCGUGAAUGAGUGUAUACUGUAAUUGUAUAUGUGAUACAGAAUUAAUGGUACUAACAUCUCACUACUAAGCAUAUUAUUCAACUUGGGUGCCAUUAUAUAUUUUUUUCUUUAGGGAUGCACCAAUCCCUUACAAAGUAUCACAGAUGCACUAAUUCUGGUGUGAAACACUAGGGUUUUUGGGAAUGUAUUACUUAACAUUACUGAUUACUCUUGCAUAGGGCUACGUAACCCCUUCAUAGGCCAUUCAUGACAGAUGCAGGGUUCAAUUUGACAUGUAGCUCAUGUACACUAUGAAGUCACAUAAUGGUGACCAUGGUGAAUAUUAAAAAAUUAAAGCCAGGUAUUAUCCAACCUUAUAUAAACAAGCAAUACAUACCGGCCACUUUAAUAGGAACAUACUUACCCUUGCUUAUUUUUACAAAUAUCCCAUCAUGCAAAUGCAGCAUGACUCUGUGAGCUUCCCAUUUUGGUGAUCCUCUAUCCUCAGAUCCUUAUUCUUGGCUGACAGGAAGCGGAAACCGGUAUUUGCUCUGCUGCUGAUGUGGCACAGUGAUUCUGAGAUGCUUUUCUGCUCACCACAGUUGUAAAGACUAUAGGAUUAUUUCUGUAAGUCCUUCUGUAAGCUUGAACCAGUCUGACCAUUUACUUCUGAUCUCUCUCAGUGACCAGGUUUCUGCCUUCUGAUCUGCUGCCUUUUGGAUAUUUUUCAAACAAUAGUUUUUACACACUGUAGACAUCAGCAGUGUUUUAAGUACUCAAUUGAUCUGGCAACAAGAUCACAUUUUCUCUCGAUUCUGAUGUUGGAUAAUUGCCCGAUUGAGCCGUCGUACAAGUGUUCCUAUCAAAGCAGGAGGGUGAAAUGUGAGUUUUUGUCAUUUGAUUAAAUUGACCUACACCUGUUUCUGUAGGUUUCCCUGACAGGCUUGUGUGUUACCGUAAGCCUACGUGAAUGUUGACAGACAGUUCUCGGCCACAAAUCCUCUUAAAACACAUUAAGUUCUCAACAGCAGCAACAGCUAUCAUUAGUGUGUAAAAAUGGAUUGGUGCAUCCCUACUUUUUUGUUUUGUUUGUUUCGUAAAAUUGUCUACAUAAGCGUUUUCAUGGGCAUCGUGCCGUCAUACCUCGUACUUUUUUUCAUCACGAUCGAAGGUUUCUCAGAGAAAUGAAGCUUUUAACACGCAACGUGUGUAGAGACUGACAGAGUUUUGUUGCUGGUGGUUUAUAUGAUUCGACCCAGAAGAUUUUUCCUUACAGCAAUCAGAAACUGUUGUGUACAAAGUUUGCUACUUUUGCUUUUUGCAUUGGAGCUAAAUAGCUUAUAUACUAAUGAUAAGAGAUAUUUCACAUGAAUUUUUUUUACUAUUAUGUUUCUAUGAGGCCGGGUUUAGGGAUAUUUUCAAAUUUACAGAAUUGAUUAUUAGCAUUAUUUGCUAGUACAGUAAUAGAACAGGCUUGUUUUGCUGUUCAGACUGAAAUGAAAGUCAGUUGCACUGAGGAAGGUAAACAUUUGGGCUUUUCAAAAUGGCCGACCACCGUAGCUGUUAGCAUCAAUUCCUAAAAACAGUAUUUCCUUAAGUCUGUAAUUCCUCUUGUACCACAGCAAUUUUUUUCUAGUGAUUCCAACUAAUUUAUUAAAUAAUGGCAUACAUUUAAGGUUCGCAAUAAAGCAAGUUCCAAUUAUAGCUUACUUUAUAACAGUGAUAAACAUUCAUGUCUCUCAGUCUCUUUUAGUUUCCUUAAGAUUAAUGAGACAGGAAAGUCCUCUGUCCUUUUCGAAGACUGUCAUGUGGAGGAAAACAUAUUCACUGACACUGGAGACUCCUUCUAUAAAUGUUAACUAAACACCGCAAUAUAUAAAAAAUCUUAACGCGAAGCAGCCAUUACCUUUGAAACUGUAAUACAUUCCAGUGAGCCCAUUAAUAUUAACAUGCGAUUUACCUCGAAGUCAGAACCUUCUCGCCAAUCAAAUUCGAGGGUUCAACAAGGUUGUGAUAGAAAUCGAAAUCUCACGUUCAGCUAAACAGUCGUUUAGGUGGUAUUUCUCAUACCUUUUUGUUACCUCUGUUAGCCUUUUAGCAUCAGUGUGAAACUAAAGAAGCAGACGUAAAACCCCGUGUUUUUAUAACGGACUACAUCUUAGAUCAUGAGAAAAUAGUAAACAUUUAGAAAAUCAGCUUCAUUCCUAUCCCUUAUAUUUUGUUUUACUUGAAUUGUUUUAUGUAACUUGUAUUUGGGCACAAAAUAUUAACAAUCGGAAAGCAAUCAUUUCCUUUUUUCCCCCCUCGGUGAUGGUGUCCUCCACAGCGUUGCACAUGUGAUGGAUGUCUCAGUCUUGGUUUUUACAGAUGUUUUACGAUUAAAAAUGUUAUGUUGGCUUCUGCAGGGUUCGUUUGGUUUAGAGUCGUGAAGCAUCCGUGUGAAAAUCUGCUUUUAAUUUUAAUUUAUUUUCUUAUUUUUUUUUUUUUUU